AUUUAAUUCUUCCCGCCUUUAUCGGGGAUUCUGUCCUGUUUCUGAGGUGCAUGUACGGAGUUGGGGGGAACAUGGGUUUUGACCGAGAUGCUUCCUAAGCACCGGAGUCCCUUGUACAUGAUUUGGCAAGAUGCUUUGAUUUAUGCGCGGGCGACUGCUAGGCAGCGCUCGUGCAUUGUAUCUGGCUUUUUUUCUUGGAUGUCUUACAUUUUUUUUUUCGCCUUCGCUUCUCUCUUAUCUGUUUAUACCUUACACCUUUUACUAUUUGCUACCGGGCCCCAGAGACGUGCGAUUGAUUUUGGGUAGACAGCCGUCGGAUUCAUCCGUCACAGAUGCCUGGUGCUGCUGGGACCGCUGAAUGAGAUCAUGUGGUGGCUUGCCACC